CAGACGGCAGUCUAACAUCUUGUAUAUUGCUAUCUGCCUUCACUACUGGAAAUAAUUUUUCAAUAUGUUGGAAGAAUUACGUCGUGCUCUUCACCACCACGUCUCAGGGUCAACGCCAAAAGUGGCCAAAGAGAGUGCAAUGGAUGAAAUUCGUAUGGUGCUUAGACUUUUUAGUUCUGUUUAUCAGAAUGACUUGGCUGAAUUUAAGUGCUUAUUAAAAUCUGGAGUUGAUCCAAACGCAACGGAUUGUGAAGGAAAUUCUUUGAUGCACAUUCUUAUCGAAAAUGGACUUUUUGACAUGGCUGAAUCAUUGGUAACUCAAGAAGCAUAUGAUAUAAACCAACAAGACCGAAAUGGACAAACACCACUAAUGCUUGCAGUCAUAUUGGGCGAAGAAGAUAUCAUUCGACUUUUAGUGCGAGGAGGAGCUGAUGUGAACGAAGUUAACAAUACUGGCAAGUCGGCCUUGCUGAUUGCUUUGGAGGAUGGAAAAUUUGAAAUAGCAGAGUACCUUAUCAAACAUGGCAGCGAUGUCAACAUUGUGGACCGCCUUGGCCAGAGUGCCUUAUUCCUCAUGAGUAACAAUUCAGACCAUAAAUGUAUCAAGCUACUGAAGAAACUUAUUAAAGCAGGAUACACAUUCGAAAAAGACAGGUUUUGGAUGAAAGAUGAGGGAUUUGGAUGCUCGCCAUGUUCCUGUGAUAAAUCUGUGACAAAACUUUGGAAGAGACUGGAUUGUAGUCGUGCUUCUUUAGACAGAAAUUUGAGUAUGCACUUUGCCAUGAAGGUCACAAAAGUUGGAUGAACAGGACUUCCUUUGGUCAUUCUACCGUUAACACUGUGAUACUUUGACUGUGAUAAUGUAAUUUUUAUGUACAUGUAACUAUUUAACAUUACGCUGCUUGUUAUGAUGAUUUAAAGAGUCAUUAAAAGUUUGA